AUGUUCUGAGGUCAUCAUAGCGAUCUUCAUUUACUCAGAGAUGCUUUUUUCGGUCCUCGUUGUCAUGGGCAUCAACCUGGUGCCCACUUAUUCCAAAUCUGAAGGUGAAUAUCUUGGCAGUCCUUUCCUUCAACACUGCUUUAAAGAGGCAAAGAAAAUAGUGGAUGAUGCAUACAAGUACUCCAGAGAAGAAAGUCUGAGGCGGGUCCGCAAAGAUAUGGUGAGUCCCCAUGAUGCUCUCCGUCUCCUGAAGCAGCCUCGCGGUGACACCCGCUCAGCUGUGAGAUCUGCCGACUACAUGGCACAGACUCUCCGUCUGCUCCAUGACAGGGUGCAUCAUGUGCACAAACGCUCUCUGAAUGCAACAGAUCUGCUGACUCCAGAAGACCUGAUGAAACUUGCUGAGAUAACUGGAUGUGCAGCUCAAGUCAGAGCUCCACAGUGCCUGACCACACCAAACAUCAACAAGUAUCGCACAGCCACCAGCGUCUGUAACAACCUAAAAAACCCUCGCCUCGGAGCCUCCAACACUCCCUUCACCCGUUGGCUCCCCGCUGAGUAUGACGAUGGUAUCUCCCAACCAAAAGGAUGGAACAGAAACCGAAGAUUCAACAACUUCUUGCUGCCACUGGUGCGACAGGUGUCCAACAAUAUCCUAAACACAACAGAUGCAGGUGUUGUCAGCGACAGAGAGUACACCCACAUGAUCACCCUGUUUGGACAGUGGAAUGACCAUGACCUCACCUUCACACCCUUCUCCCCCAGCAUCCGCUCCUUCAGCAACGGGGUGAACUGUGAUGAGAGCUGUGAACACACUGAGCCAUGUAUCCCCAUCCCGAUCCCCCCUGGAGACCCCCGCCGGCCCUCCGGCCCAGACAACUGCAUCCCUGCAUUCAGAUCUGCUCCUGCUUGUGGAACCGGAUAUUCAGCCUUCAAUUUUGGCGGGGAGCCCAACAAGAGAGAGCAGAUCAAUGCGCUGACAGCCUUCCUGGAUCUCGGGCAGGUGUACGGCUCUGAAGAGAAGCUUGCGCUGUAUCUUCGUGACCUCAGCAGCAAUGCUGGCCUGCUGCGUGUCAACACAGAGUUCAGAGACAACGGCCGCGAGUUGUUGCCCUUCCACCCUCUGCUGGUGCAAAUGUGUGCCACUCGCAGAAGAAUCACCAAUGACACCAACGCCCGAGAGGUGCCAUGUUUCAUUGCAGGUGACACACGUGUGGAUGAGAACAUGGCUCUGACAUCCAUUCACACUUUGUUCAUGCGUGAACACAACCGUCUGGCUCGUCGCCUGAAGAGACUGAACCCACACUGGGACAGUGAGACACUCUACCAGGAGGCUCGCAAGAUCCUGGGUGCUUACACACAGGUGUUUGUGUUCAGAGAUUAUCUGCCACACAUUGUGGGCAAUGCCGCAAUGCGUAGACAGCUGGGUCGUUAUCCUGGAUACAAUCCCAAUGUUGACCCCAGCAUCUCCAACGUCUUUGCGACAGCAGCUUACCGCUUUGCCCACUUGGCAAUACAACCAGCUUUAUCCCGACUGGAUGCAAACUACAGAGAACACUCUCAGUUUCCCAGCGUCCCCUUGUUCAAGGCUUUCUUCACACCCUGGAGAAUCAUCUUUGAGGGUGGACUUGACCCUCUGCUACGUGGUCUAAUCAAGCGUCCCGCCAAACUGAACACCCAGGAUCACAUGAUGGUGGAUGCUAUUAGGGAGAGAUUGUUCCAGUUUGUGCAGCAUCUGUCUCUGGACCUGGCUGCUCUGAACAUGCAGAGGGCACGUGACCAUGGCUUACCUGGCUACAAUGCGUGGCGUAGGUUCUGUGGUCUGUCCCAGCCCAAAAACCAGGCAGAGCUGGGUCAGGUUCUGGGGAACAACAACCUUGCCCGCCGGCUGCUGCAGCUCUACGGGACGCCUGACAACAUUGACGCCUGGCUUGGAGGUGUUGCAGAGCCUUUUGUGCAAGGUGGGCGUGUGGGACCUCUGUUUGCCUGCCUCAUUGCGAACCAGUUCCAGAGGAUCCGCCAGGGCGACAGGCUUUGGUAUGAGAACCCAGGCGUUUUCACCGAGAGGCAGAGGGCUGCUCUCUCCUCUGUCAGGUUGUCCAGCAUCAUAUGUGACAACACCGGUAUCACUAAUGUCCCUAUUGAUGCCUUCAGUGUCAUCUCAAGGGAGAAUCCGUGUGUGCAGUGCACCCGUGUUCCUCGACUUGACCUGUCAGCUUGGACAGAGAGACCUGGAACAAACCAUGUGGGUGAACAGGACCGUCAGGUCUUCCAGGAGCCUUUUGAUGUUCAGGACAACGAGGUACUUUAGGAACAUCUGGCCCCAGAGGACCUCCUGGACCACCAGCAUUAAAUUCAGUGCCACACACAAACAGUCUAUCCUCUUGGUUCUUAUGGAC